GUUUCCGCUUCCAUAUUUGGUAGCGCCUGAAAACUUUGCCAGGAGUUUCUACAAACUAGUGUCCAAAGGUUUACUGACUUGUCACUGAACGCUGUUCCCUUAACUCGUGUACCAAAGAAGAUGGCUUCAUUGUGGCAAAGAGUCCUGUCUGCACACCAGAGGAUAGUAGACAAUGGAGACAAGAGGACAGACCCCUGGCUGCUGGUCUACUCUCCUGUCUCCGUGUCACUCGUCUUCCUGCUUUACCUGUUCGUGACCUGGGCCGGGCCUCACCUCAUGAAACACAGACAACCCGUUGACCUCAAAUGGGUUCUUAUUCUUUACAAUUUCACCAUGGUUCUUCUGUCUGCAUACAUGUUCUACGAGUUUCUGGUCACGUCCUGGCUCUCAAACUACAGCCUCCUCUGUCAGCCUGUAGAUUACAGCACCAGUCCGCUGGCGAUGAGGAUGGCCAGGGUUUGUUGGUGGUUUUUCUUCUCUAAGGUCAUCGAGCUCAGCGACACGCUUUUCUUCAUCUUGAGGAAGAAGAACAGCCAGCUGACUUUCCUUCAUGUUUAUCAUCAUGGCACCAUGAUCUUCAACUGGUGGGCGGGAGUCAAGUAUGUAGCUGGAGGACAGUCCUUCUUCAUCGGCCUGGUGAACUCAUUCAUUCACAUCAUCAUGUACUCCUACUACGGCCUGGCAGCAAUCGGCCCUCACAUGCAGAAGUACCUGUGGUGGAAGCGAUACCUGACCUCUCUGCAGCUGGUGCAGUUCCUCCUCUUCCUCCUGCACACGGGCUACAACCUGUUCACGGAGUGCGACUUCCCUGACUCCAUGAACGUGGUGGUGUUUGGUUACUGCGUCAGCCUCAUCAUCCUCUUCAGCAACUUCUACUAUCAGAGCUACCUCAACAGGAGGAAGCAGAAAUAAUGAAACACUGACCAGAUGGAGAGAUGAAGGCUCUCAGCAGCAGUAUUUUUCUGUCCACUAGAGGGCACAACCUGCCCACAGUCUGCAGGAUUGUCCUCAGCAGACUUCUAUUAACAUUUGUUUUUAUUAAUAAAAACAAAAGACAAAAUUCAGUCUUUCAGUUAUUUAUUUAUUCAACUGAGAAACGACAAACAUUCACAAGAUGGUUGUAAACAAACUGUACAUUUAUUCACAUAUAAUAUUAAUAUUAGGAGGUCUCAAUGUCCCUGCGUUAUCGCAGAACUAACCCUCCAACAGAGAGAAAACCAAAGACAAAACAAACACAAAUGCGGGUUUUAAAUGUUUUUACACUGCUACAAGGUCACAGCAAAAUCAUGGAUUCUUUACACUUCAGUCUAAAACAUUAUGAAAGAUGUGGAUCAGGAAUAAAAAUAUAACC